AUGACGAUAAUUGGCCUAGUUCGGCAAACUAACACGUUUACUUGGAAGUAUGGGGAUAUCGCUCAAUUGCUUGUGAAAGCCACAGGCGAGACAUUAAGAGGUAUGAAGGACGCCUACCGAGCACCUUGGAAAUUGUGGACUGAUACUAUUGGUGCUGACGAUGGGAAACGACAUCUCUUGCAAUCUAUUUUUUUUUGCGGGAGGAAGGUGGCAUCAUUUUCCCGACCUAUACCACGAGCGGACAUUGACAGAGCUACCUGUGCUUUGGGCGUGUCUUCCACCGACAUCGCACUGUUUGCUGCCACAGAAUCUUAG